AUGCGACGAUGGGUCUCCCUUGGUGGAUGGUGUGGUCCUGGUCUCAUGCUCUCCAAGUUAGGAAUACGGCCCGUUGAGGAGCAGCUGCCAUUUGAUAUGGCCCGCUGUAGUUUUGAUGGACUGCUGGAGUUCACAGUGAACGGCUUUGGCAAUGGAUUCUUUCCCGGCCCUUUGGAAGAGCGGCCAUUCACACCAGAUCCAGCUUCCGUGUGGCUUUUAUUCCGCUCUCAGCAUACAUGUAUUACCCAUUUUAAUCUUAACUCCGAUGAAGUUGUGCAGGAGUUUAUGAGAAGAUUUAAGGAAUGGGAAAAGAUGAUUACAUGCCCAACACGACCCGUAACGUUUUUGCGAACAUGUAUCGCAGAAGACGCGAAAGAGGAAGUGGACUUGUUGCCAUUAUGGCACGCCGCACUACACAAGAAAAGUGAAGGAAAGUUAAAUUUCCGUACAGUGAUGGUAAUACAUAAUCAAGGACCCAUCACAGAACCUAUGGCGGCUUACAAUGAGAAAGAUGCGGCUGGUUCACCCUGUGUAGUGUGGAAUCUCGCGUUUGACAAACAAUUACCAGACACGGCCUCAUUGUUUGAUAAGUGUCAUGAUGGUUAUAAACAUAUUAUUCAAGAAAUGAAUCGUGAGGAAUCAUGGAAACAUAUCUCUACAUCUUCACUAUCUCCUGCAGCAUUGAAACCGUAUACAAAUCUUUCUUUAGUAGAAGGUGUACCUGCAUUGCGAGGCUCCUGCACAGGAUUUGGCACAACUUAUGCUGCUGUUCUGGGUAGAUGUAUGCGUUGUGGAAGUACGAAUGGGCAUGAAGUCGUGCGGGAUGCUUUUGAUAGCAAACGAGCAUGGAGUGAAGAAGAAGAUGCGGAACUUCUAUCAAAGUUUCUUUCUGCCAAUGGGGAUGAAAUUGCAGCAGUAGAGGCUGCAGCAAUUGAAUUAAAACGUGGUGCCAAUGAAGUGUUUUUACGUUUGAAACUGUUGACGGGCUCUUAG